AUGAGCAUACAAUUGUUGCAACCUGCCAAUUCUCUCAGUAAAAAGGGAAAUGAGACCGACAGACUUGCACUUCUGCAGUUCAAAGCCAAGAUUGGCAAUGAUCCAUAUGGAAUCUUGAACUCCUGGAAAGACUCUGUCAACUUCUGCUCAUGGCGAGGGGUUGCUUGUGGUCACAAACAUCAGAGAGUUGUGUCACUAAAUAUGCAGGGGCUUAAUUUGUCUGGGACCAUAUCUCCAUAUAUAGGAAAUUUCACUUUCUUAAGGUUCCUCAACCUCGUUGACAAUAAGUUCUAUGGUGAAAUUCCCCCAGAAGUUGGUCGCCUAUUCAGAUUGAGAAUUCUUGACCUGUCAAAUAACACACUAGGUGGAGAAAUUUCACUCAAAAUCACCUACUCCUCAGAGCUCAAGGUUUUGAAUUUAACAAGAAACAGGCUGGAGGGAAAAAUUUCUGCUGAGCUGGGCUCUUUAAAGAAGCUUGUAACACUUAGGCUUGGAACAAAUAAUCUCACAGGAGAGAUCCCACAAUCCCUUGGAAACCUUUCCUCUCUCAAGGUCUUUUCUGGAGGCUUUAAUAAUCUGCACGGAAAUAUUCCAAGCGAAUUGGGGCAAUUAACAAGUUCAACCAUCUUUGUGAUCAACUUCAACAAUCUAAGUGGUACAAUCCCUCCCAGCCUUUAUAAUAUCUCAUCUAUCAGUCUCUUUUAUACUUCAUCAAACCCAGUGGUAGUCUCUAUUGAGAGCAGUUCAAAUCUACUCCUUAAAUUGGAGAAUGUAACCAUGCUUCACCAUGUUUUUGUUACUUUAGUAGUUGGAGCAGCAAUUUUCAGUUCAGAAAUUGCAACAAAUGGUAUCAGAGCUCCUUAUGAUCUUUAA